CUCGGUGAGGCCGACCGUACAUGCCUCUCACCAUGAAGCUGGAAGCACUCAUCUUCGCUCUUGCUUCCGUGGCACCUGUGGGUGGUUUUCUGGUUGGUGUGGGAUUUCCCCAACAAGUCGCAAAUGGCUUGGUAACUUCGCAGCGGCGUGCUCUGGACGUAAGUGAUCCUCACAAGGCCUUGAAUCCUGCUUCAUGUUGUUGGGCGAACACGCGACACCGAGGAUUGUGCGCUGUGUCAUCUCCGGACAGCACUACACCAGUCGGUGAAUGGGACGCCAACUUUUUUUCCCCGGCCAAGAUCAAUCUAUUUCUACGCAUCCUUGGCAAGCGUCCCGAUGGCUUCCACGACCUGGCUUCGCUCUUUCAGACAGUUGGAUUCGGCGACAAACUUUUCUUCCGAAAACUGCCAGAGAGCGCGGUGGCAGAUACCUUCAAUUGCAACAUGGAAGGGGUGCCAACUGAUGGGUCGAAUCUCGUGCUGCGGGCGUUGGAUCUGUUUCGGAAGCGCACCUCCAGCCAGCAGUUUUACGAGGUGUAUCUGAGCAAGCGUAUUCCACCGGAGGCUGGUCUUGGAGGUGGAAGUGCCAAUGCCGCCACGGCGCUGUUCGCUGCGAAUAAAUUGGCAGGACAUCCAGCAUCCUUGGAAGAUCUGCAGUUGUGGUCUGCAGAGCUUGGGUCUGACAUUACCUUCUUUCUAUCGACAGGCACGUGCUACUGUACAGGGCGAGGGGAGGUACUUCACCCUCAAGAACCGUUACCACAGACCAGGGUGUGGUUGGUGAAACCAAACAAAGGGUUAAGCACACCCGUUGUGUUUAGACAUCUUGACUACGACCAACUCUCUCGGAUUGAGCCAGCCGGUCUACUCAAACAAUUCAUAGAGGAAGGCCUUGCUGAAGCAGACUACGUGAACGAUCUGGAGUUGCCUGCGUUCAAGGCAAUGCCAUCGUUGCAAACGAUGAAGGAAGAGCUGCAGACCCUAGGGUUUGAACACGUGCUCAUGUCCGGGAGUGGUUCGACGAUAUUCUGCAUUGGAAGCCCGACGCAUGGUAGCUCUUGGACGAAGGAAUUCGCCGAAAAAUGGGGGGCAAUGGUUGUUGAUACCCAUUUUAUCAAUAGACCAGUCGAGGACAACGCGUGGUACGCAGAAGCUUGACCACCCACGUCAAGAGCGCGUGCCCAGGUGUACGUCUGUUUGGGACGCGGAAGUCAUUGCGUGACUUGUAGCUCAGAUAGAAAUUCUGGAGGUCCCGCUAAAACGGCCUUUUUGUAGCGGAAUCUGCGUUCUCCUACGGUGCAGACAAGAAGACCCUUAAACUGCUGUAUGGGUUCGCUGUUACUUCUGUACAUCUUGACGUAUA